GUGCGGUUUGGAAUGUGCUGCUGUAAACCAGAUUUCAAAAGGCUUUUCCUGUUAAUUCACAGCUUAUUGUGUCUCUUGUUUCAGGGACAAGAAGAGCUGAUUUAGUGAUCUAAAUGGACGAAAUACUGAAAUACCGGUUGGAAGAUAAUGAAGAUUACUACACGUUACUGGGGUGUGAUGAACUGUCUUCGGUUGAACAAAUCCUGGCAGAAUUUAAGGUCAGAGCCCUGGAAUGUCACCCUGACAAGCAUCCUGAAAACUCCAAAGCAGUGGAGACUUUUCAGAAACUGCAGAAGGCAAAGGAGAUUCUGACUAAUGAAGAGAGCCGAGCCCGCUAUGACCACUGGCGAAGGAGCCAGAUGUCAAUGCCAUUCCAGCAAUGGGAAGCUUUGAAUGACUCCGUGAAAACAUCAAUGCACUGGGCUGUCAGAGGUAAAAAAGAUCUGAUGCUGGAAGAAACUGAGCAGACUCAUACCAACAAGGUUGAAAAUGAGGAAUGGAAGGAACCAAGAGAAAUAAAGAAAGAGGAGCUGGGUUCAACCACAGAGGAAAUGGAGCAACAAGAAUCUGAGUCCCUGGAGAAGUCAUUCUCCCCACAGAAUCCAGAUUCUUCAAGUUUUUCGGAUGUGAACAGCUCGCAUGUUCGUUUCCGCUGGUCUGGGGAUGCUCCUUCAGAACUCCUGAGGAAAUUCAGAAACUAUGAAAUAUGAAAUGUUCCUGUUCCGUGGGAGAAAGAGCGAGUGAGCAAGACCAUUCCCUGUGCUGCCAACGUGCAGUCUUUCUUCAGAUCUUUGAAAUGUUAUGUUUAUAUGUCAUGUUUGUGAAUCUCUGAGUACCGAUUGAUUCCCCUUCACCCUGAACCCCUUCUCACGAUGUGUUUUUCAAAUGAGAAAAAUUUCAGAAGACAAGUUUCUUUUAAUAUUUGAAUAAAUUAAGGCCUUUAGAUCCAGAGUGGAUUGUAUUAUGUUUGAUUUCCUGUUAAUGUUAUUUAUAGAAAUCCAUUUUUAAAAUUGAUCUCUGUAUUUAAGUAUUUCAUUGAUAUGUGAUGAUCUCUAUUAGUACUGGAUGUAUAAGAAAUGUUUUCUGACUCUGGACUUAAAAUGAAAUGUGAAAUUACUUGUCUAAACCCCAUAGAAUGAAUUAAAUAAUU